AUGAACCGCACCGCUUGGGUGAAGAAGGGUUCCUCUUCCCUGCCAUCGGACAGAAUCCCGCCCAAAGUUCAACCGCAGGCCGCCCCGAGUGCGUCCAAGGCGAAAGGGAAACAGAAGGCUGAGACCGCACCACCGAAGAGCAAGGAGGUCCGCAAGCUCGAGAAGCAGCGCGACGAUCUCCGCAAGUCCUCGGGGCUCGACAAAGACCCCAAAGGCGGCUGCUUCUGCCAAGCUAGAAUGCACGCGCUGUCACCAUUCACCCCCAUCUGCCGCGCAUGCGGCUUGAUCCUCUGCGAGCUAAACCUCCCGAACUUCGCUUGCCCGCACUGUGGUGGCGCGCUCCUCACACAGGCCGCCAAGGACAGUCUCGUGGAAUCGCUGGAGACCCGGAUCACAGAGACGCUUGCGAAGGAGGAGGAAGAGCGGCAACGUGCGAUCCAGCAAGCCCGCAGCGCAGAAGGAGCGUUCCCGACGCUCUCCGCGGCAGCCUCGCGUGCUGGAACCCCCGGCCCCGACCCGCAGGGCAUCCACCCGGUGAACCAGACGCACAAGGUACUCUCGCUCGACUCGAAGACGCGCAAGGUCAAAGUGUCGUCGUACACGCCCCCAGCCGUCUCCAGGACCGCGUCCACCGAGAAGAUCGCGAAAGCGAAGGAGGCGGAGCCCGAGUACGUGCGCGUGCCCGCGCCCCCGGCGGAGGUGGUCUGUUCGCCUGCGCCAAGCGCGCACCGACCCUGGGCGAACACGCGGGGCCUCAACGUCACCUACGUUCCGCCAUCGCGGGGAUGAGCUGCUGUGCUGGUGGAUCGUUCGCGGGUGCGGCGGCACCCUAAGCGGCAUCGGCGGGAGCCCCCAAUGUCCGCGAUGCUGGGCUGCCGAGAUCCCCAGGGCUCAGGCUCCAGUCAAUGCAAUCCCGCCGUCAGUGGUCGUUCACGUCGGCCGCUCCGGGUCGCGCUAGCAUCACGUUGAACUUGUCCUUCCUAACUAUGAUCGUCACUUCGCGGACUUGCAUUUUGCCCUUGGACAGAUCCGCCGUCAUGCUGGCUCAGAAUGAAAUCUUGCAUCCCUCCGCGGCCGUCGACGUCCAUCUAUCAUGCCAUGCCC